AUGGCGGCGCCCGGAGCCGGGAGGGUAGCGGCGGCGGCCGCGAGGGCGGCUGUCAAGCCGAUCUUCAGCCGGGACUUGGCGGAGGCCAAACGGCGCGUGCGAGAACUGUAUAGGGCUUGGUACCGAGAAAUACCAAACGCUGGUGAGGAGGCGCGGCUGCAGGCGAGCGACCUCCGCCUCAAGGUCGCGUCCUGAGGGGGACGGGCGGGAGGGCGUCGUCGCGGGCUGCGCCCCCUCCCCAAAUUCCCCCGCUUCCCCGGACUCCCUUUCCUUUGAGGCCGCUGCCGAGAGAGUGGCCUGCUCAGAACUAAAUCCAAGGGCCUGGAAGGCAGAUCGCUUCCCUGCUUCGACUGUUUCCCCCCUUCCCACUCGUGUCACGCUCCUCUCACACUUCGGGUCGCGCCAUCCCUGCCCACGGCGUUCAUGCCAUGGAUGUAGUUGGCACUCUGAUCUACACUGGGGACUGCGAGUACCCAAAGAAGGGUUGGUUCAGCGUUAGCGGCGGUUAGGAUACUAAGAUGGUGUGCCUUUGAUCCAUUCAGGAUAUCUGCCCACCAGUGGCGUGCGGUGACAUUUGUGGUAGGGGAACAAUUAGGCCAGGGGUCAGCAGACUUUUUCAGCAGGGGGCCGGUCCACUGUCCCUCAGACCUUGUGGGGGCGGGGGCGGGCUAUAUUUUGAAAAAAAUAAUAAUGAACGAAUUCCUAUGCCCCACAAAUAACCCAGAGAUGCAUUUUAAAUAAAAGCACAUACAGUGGUGCCUCGCAAGACGAAAUUAAUUCGUUCCGCAAGUCUCUUCGUCUUGCGAGUUUUUCGUCUUGCGAUGCACGGUUUCCCAUAGGAAUGCAUUGAAAAUCAAUUAAUGCGUUCCUAGGGAAGCCAGCCUUCAGACCAGGUCCGGGGACAGUCUGUCCCGGACCUCUUCUGAAGGCUGGGGGAGGCAAGGGCUUUUCUUCCCACCCCCAGCAUUUUAAAAACCCGGGACAGCGGAGGACUUCUCCGCUGUCCGGGCGAUCUUAAAAUGCUGGCGGGCGGCAUUUAAAAUCACCCCGGGACAGCGGAGGACUUCUCCGCUGUCCGGGAGCAAUUAAAGCCCCUGGGAAGGCAGGCAGGGGGACAAAGACUUUGCCCCCGCCAGCCUUCAGAAGAGGUCCUGGACCUCUUCUGAAGGCGGGCGGGCGAAGUCUUGCUCCCCCGCCUUCAAAAGCCCUCCGGGACAGGCAGGCAGGGGAGCAAAGACUUUCGCCCCCGCCCGCCUUCAGAAGGUCUUCCUCCCCCGCCCGGCCGGAGCACCGUUCCGAGCCGGGCGGCGGCGGAGGUCUUCCCUCCCCGCCCGGCCCGGGCACCGUUCCGAAGCCGGGCGGCGGCGGCAGGUGUUCCCUCCCCCGCCCGGCCCGGGCACCGUUCCGAAGCCGGGCGGCGGCGGCUGAGUGUUCCCUCCCCCGCCCGGCCGGAGGAGCCUUCCGAAGCCCGGCGGCGGCGGGAGGAGGUGUCCCCGCCCCGCCGCCAGGCUUCGGAGGAGGUCCGAGGACAGUGGGGAAGACGCGCUGCGCUUCCCCGCUGUCCCUGAGAUUUCCCUAUGGGCUGUCGUCUUGCGAAGCAAGCCCAUAGGAAGUUCGUUCUGCGAAGCGCCUCCAAAACGGAAAACCCUUUCGUCUAGCGGGUUUUCCGUCUUGCGAGGCGUUCGUCUUGCGGGGUACCACUGUAUUCUACUCAUGUAAAAACACGCUGAUUCCCAGACCAUCCGUGGGCUGGAUUUAGAAGGCGAUUGGGCUGGAUUCAGCCUCCGGGCCUUAGUUUGCCUACCCAUGAAUUAGGGCGUCAAUGUGCACCCACUCCAGGGGACAAGGUAGGGGUAAGAGGACAAACAUGAGGUUUACUCAAGAGCCGCUGCUAAGGAUGCAGCUGUGGCAGCUAUGUAAAGGCUGAAUUCCCCCCUUCAAACUCAAGCUGCCUGAUUAUUACUAUUUUUUAAACAGCUACCACACUGUAUCAGCUACCGUAAAAAUGUAUUUCUUAAAAAGAGCCCCUUUAUAAAGACCUGCUUGUGACAUCAAGGUUGUUCCAUGCCCUUUCUCCUCCUCACCCCCUAAGUGGUGAUGGUUGGAGUCCCCUGGCUGGCCUCUGCAUGGUUGGGGAAGACAGCAGCUGGGUGCCUCAACAAAAAGAAGGCACUGUUUUUGACCUUCAGGGUGGGAAGUGGUCUCUGCCCCACGUGCAUCACAUCGGAUGUUUUGCGUGCUGUGGGCUGUGCUGCUGCUGGGCGCUGUUUGGCAUAGGCAACCUGGAGGAAGGGAAGUGCUGACACCAACCAGGACAAAGGACUACAAGGAGUGUAGCUCUGUGCAAGGAGUUCAACCCUCUGAGCAGCUUGGGUAGAGCAGCUAAACGAAGAAAGAGGCUAAGUGAGUAAGGUUCAAGGAGGACUGGAGGAAGAGAAGGAAGGAGGAGGGAGCAUGGAGGGAGGUGUGUGAAUAUUUUACCAGGAACUUUGGGGAUUAGGCUAGUUCCUCCGUUCCACGGACUGUAUGCCACUGGUGCCAACCCUGGUGGCAUGUAUGGGGCGGUUCUUAUGGAGAAUAGUGUUGGUUCACACUACAAGAUGGGAGUAACAGUUACAUGUCACGAAAGCUUGAAGGACCUUGCUCAUGACAGCUGUGGGCUUUUGUCUUUCCUGUAACUUAAUGGGUUGUUAACACCUAUUAGAUCUUCCGUUUAAUUAGAGCUCGCUUUCCAUGGAAUGGAAUAAAACAGCCCACUAGUUGAACUGUGUUCAACUGGAGGCAGUAAAUGUGUAAAAAGUAACUUUUUAAGUUAAGACCUAACACUCAUUUUCUCAUAUUAUUUUUUGCUUAUCAUCUAGUGCAUCUAUACCAGCUGGACAUCUCUGUGAAACAGGGCCGGGAUAAGGUGCGAGAGUUGUUCAUGAAGAAUGCCCAUGCCACAGACCCUCGAGUUAUUGAUAUGCUCGUUAUUAAGGUAAAUUAAAUAACAUUUGCCUUAAAUUCAAAGCAAGCAUAGGAUGUCUGGUAUAUAGAGAUAAAAAGCAAAAGUAGUUUUCAGACCCCUGUAGAAAUGGAGAAGGGGGUGAAAGCCCAUAAUAGACUUAAGAGAAUGCCUCUUUCCAUCAUAAAUGAUACAUGACUUUUUCUUUAUGUAAGCUAAACCAUGUCUUGCAAAUAGGUGUGUCUCUAAAUGUGGGGUUUCAAACGCUGUGUCAUCACAGAAACAAUCCAUAUUCAUGUGGUCUUAUCCAAGUUUAGGAGAGAGCCUGCUUAUGUCCUUCCUGGCACAACUGGCUUGCCCCAGAGUGCUGACCAGUAGUGCCACCAUCAUGGAGCAUACGAGACUAUAGUUUUACUAUAUACCAAAGGAAUCAGUGUCCAAAUCUAAAUCUGAAGUGGCAGAACCUUUCGAAAUACCUCCCCAUCUGCUGUGUCUGCCUUGCUCCCAAUCUUUAAAAGUAUUUUGAGUCAGUAGCAAUGUGGUAAGGACAAUACCUUUGCCUACGGCUCACUAUAUGUUUCUUCAAGCAUACAGCAUGUAAAGCAACAGUUUCACAACGAACCUCCACUGUCAUGUCAUGUCCACUAAUUUGGUUCUUAAAAAUCCCAAUUUCAUAGAAACCUGAUAGUUGUGCGGUAUUAGCAUAAUAAAUUAUUGUAGUAACAGGCCAAUUUAAACACCUUUCGUCCUUUUCUGUCUGAUAUAGGGGAAAAUGGAACUCCAAGAGACUAUUCACGUAUGGAAACAACGGACCCAUUUAAUGAGGUAUUUUCAUGAGACAGAAUCGCCACGACCCAAGGACUUCCUGUCCAAGUUCUAUGCAGGCCAUGACCCAUGA